AAAGUGCAAAUGCAAAGGCGGAGACAUUUAAAUGUUUUGUUUACAACCUGCUGAGUUUUCAGUCUGAGGUCACGUUUUUGCUCUUUGAUUGUUAAUAAAUUUUAUUUUAUAGUUCAUAUAUUCGUUAUUAGUUUUGUGUUUUUAAUUAAGCAUUAUCAUACGUAAAAAUGGCCAAGCCUAGACCUUGUGGAUGCAAAGGAAUUCGAACCUGCUUAAUUUGCGAAGUCGAGUUCGGCGCCGCUAAUCUGCAAAAAGAAGAUGAUUUUGAAACCGCCAUCAAGGAAGGGAAUUCUUUUGUCUACUGUCCAAAAUGUCCCGGUAAAGCAUGGUCUGGAUGGGAUGAAAAUCAAGUUGUACAGGAGCAUCCAAAUCACCUUGGAGAAUCUGUUGAUUUCCCAGGAAUUUACAUCCAUGAGGACUUUUUAACAAAGGAGGAAGCAGAAAUUUUAGUUCGUGGAAUUGACGACACUCCUUGGGACCUUUCACAAAGUGGUAGAAGAAAACAGAAUUUUGGGCCCAAGUGUAACUUCAAGAGGCAAAAAAUUGCAGUGGGAAGCUUCGGUGGUUUUCCUGCUUUUUCCCUUUUUGUGCAAGAAAAAUUCAAAAAGGUGCCAGUGAUGGAUGAAUUCCAGAGCAUAGAACAGUGCACACUUGAGUACAAUCCUGAUCGCGGUGCUUCAAUUGACCCCCACAUUGAUGAUUGCUGGAUCUGGGGCGAGAGGAUUGUGACUGUGAACGUGUUAGGUGACAGUGUGCUUACAAUGACGUAUCUCCAGGAGAAAGACCGCUGCCGUUACAAUUUACCCUUGGCACCAGAUUUGUAUUUGAAUUUUGACGAAAGCCUUGUUAGAAAAGUUGUGAGAAUUCCGAUGUCUGUGAGGUCGCUACUUAUUAUGACAGGACAGGCUCGAUAUCAAUGGGAGCACAGAAUUUUGAGAGAGGACGUAAAGGAACUAAGAAUCUGUUUGGCUUAUAGGGAAUUUACGCCUCCAUACCUCAAGGGUGGUGAUAAAUUUGGUCCUUUGAUUAACAAAAUUUAUGAAUUGGCUUCAUGUGGUAGAGUUUAAUUUUGGAAUGUUACUAUGUGAGGAGUCUUGUAAAAAUGAAAUUCAUAAUUUUUAUUAAGUUUGUAUAUUUUGUUACUUUGUUUCAUAUUUAUUUUACAUCCAAAUAUAAACUUUCAAAUUUUUCAAAGCUUAAUAAAUAAUUUUAUU